UGUAGAUCUGCUCUGUGCUCAUUUCUCUGCGAGGCUGCUCUGUUCUCACUAGCAUUUCUGCUCUGUCAUUAAAGCAAGCUGCUCCACGAACCACACUACCUUAUUUUAAUUUCUUUUUUUGGCUGGGCUUCACACCCGCUGUCCAAAAAUCCACUCCGGUUAUUAUCGCCCGCUGCUGCGUUCAAGGGAUAAAGACUCAUUUUCAACCAGCUGGACAUCACUGCUCUGAUUGGAGCGAAACAAGAGAUUUGUUAGUUUAACGAACAGCUUUUGGCCUGCAUCGGUGCUCAACUAAAACUAGUAUAUAAAUUUUUAAAUAGUUUAGCUUACAUUUUAGAGGUUUAGCUUAGCGUAAACGGGGAAACAAGAAAAUUUAGCAUAACCUUAUUACAGGCGCUGAAUUGGCCACGGAAAUCUCGCAGCGGCGACGAAUCAUUUUAACUGACAGCUUUUUGAAGAAUUAACCGGCUUAAACCAGUUUGCUGCUCAUAGACGCAGUGAAAUCCCAGGUUGUGGCAGCAGGUAACAACUGGAGCUGACAACAGCAGGCGGUUUCUCCCUAAACGCUGCAAAGUGCAUCACUCAGCGUUCAGCUCGUUUGUUAGAGCAGGGUUCCGCUAGCUGCCGUUAGCCUGUCCUCCUGCUAACCCUGGACAGCUCCACCAAGCUAGCUUUGGACAAAGGAGCAACGCAGCGGGGGGAUCUAUAAACACCGAGCUACACAAGUCGUUUUCUGGAGCGACAAACAAGGACCUGACAUGAUGUUUCCACAAUCAAGACACUCAGCCUCAUCGCAGCAGCUGAAGUUUACGACCUCUGACUCCUGUGACAGAAUCAAGGAUGAGUUCCAGUUUCUUCAAGCACAGUACCACAGUUUGAAGCUCGAAUGUGACAAGUUGGCGAGUGAGAAGUCAGAGAUGCAGCGCCAUUACAUUAUGUACUACGAGAUGUCCUAUGGGCUCAAUAUUGAGAUGCACAAACAGGCUGAAAUAGUAAAGAGACUGAAUGGGAUCUGUGCACAAGUCCUCCCCUACCUGUCUCAGGAGCACCAGCAGCAGGUCCUGGCAGCCAUAGAGCGGGCCAAGCAGGUCACCCCUCCAGAGAUGAACUCCAUCAUUAGGCAGCAGCUCCAGGCUCACCAGCUGUCCCAGCUUCAGGGCCUGGCCCUGCCCAUGACCCCCCUGCCUCUGGGCCUGAGCCAGCCAACACUCCCAGCCGUCACCACUUCCUCCGGUCUCUUCUCACUGUCUUCUCUGCUGGCCUCCCAGGCCCAGCUGGCCAAGGAGGAGAAGGCUUCUCGUGACGGCGUAGACAGCCACCGUGAGGAGGACGGCGACAAGUCUGAUUAGAUUCUGUCUCCAUCCAGCUCUUUUAUCACAGAGACAUGAAUACCUAGAUCUGUCCCUGCAGCCCCCCCCCCCCCGGUUUCUUCCUUUUUGACCUUACCCAACACAAGGUUCUAUCUUUUGAAUGCAGUUCCAGCUUUAAAGCCCUAACCUAUCCCACUCUGGGAAAAGCUUUGGCACUCAUAUUACAAAAAUAAAAAUUACAUUAAUCGUUGCUUUUUAAGUCUU